AUGCCUCACGGCGACGCUGACGACGGCCGCAUCGACAAUGAUGCCGAAGACGCGAAGUUCUCUGGGAAUGGCGGCGCACAGGGGUCCGCCAAUCCACUGGCUUCGACGCGAACGGCAUCUUCCGACGAUGAACAACGACCAACCUCAGACAUCGACCGCGCAGUGCACGAUGACGAGCGCCUCUUAACUCACGAUCGCACCCAGCAGUCCCGACAGCAAGACUUAGACAAUGGCAACCCCUCUAUCCAGCCUGCGGACAGGCUCCUAAUACCCUCAUCUGGCACUGACUCUGCGUCUCUUCCUUCCCCCCACAAUCCUGACGAGCAAACUGCUCGCAACAUGCACAAGAACCUAGCACACGACUACACUCCUCUACUAUGUUGUCCCGCCUGCUCUCCACCUGCCCGCCUGGUCGCACCGACAACCCUUCACUGUGGUCAUACAGUAUGUUCGAAACACGUCCGAACAGAAGCUUCGUCUCGUUCCUCAUCUCCCUCUUCGCCUCCGUCAUUACUGGCUUCUUCAUCGUCCGUAGAGAACUCUGCACAUCAAAUCCCCACUACUAGACUUCUCUAUGCACCUACGCCCUCCUCAGUGCCUGUGGUCCCGACCUGUCCGCUCCCAACCUGUCAGCUGCGAGUGCGUCAACAAGUGGUCACUCCGAACAUUCCACCAGAUUCUACUGUAGCAUACUACCCGCCAAUAGCCCAGCCCGUGAUUCCUGGGAAUGCAGAAGGUACUCGUGUUACAGUCCGGGAACCUCGGCUCGACGUUUCCGUUGGUCGCGUAUUGCAUUUGCUUGAGAAAACGGAAACAUGGGAAGACCGCGCUACUGCUGAGCUGAACGGGCAUGCGGAGGAUAGUGAUAGAACAGACGAGGAGUCAGGGGAUGAUAAUGAGGCCCGGCAGGAUCCCGCUGCUGCAUCUGAUUCCCAACCCUCAACGUCAAUCAUGAGGUCCGGUCGUCGCCGAAGUAGACCUACUUCGCGAGCGCGGAAACGUUCUCGAAGAGACGAGCAUUCAGAUGGGACUCAUCACCGUCGUGUGACUCCUGAAGAGUUCGAAGAACGCUUUAAUAAGGAGCUCAUGGAAAGCUUGACGUGCGAAAUCUGCUUUAUGCUGCUCUACCAGCCCGUUACAACACCUUGUCAACAUACAUUUUGCGCGAAAUGCUUACAACGCUCACUUGAUCACGGAUCGAAAUGCCCUUUGUGUAGACAGGAUUUGCCUCCAUUCUCUUAUUUCCAGGAUCAUCCGUUUAAUAAAGCCGUCCUUGCCGUCUUGCUUAAGGCUUUUCCGGAAUUUUAUACGGAACGAGGUCGAACAAUCGAAGAAGAAGAAAGAGAUGGUCGUUUGAACACGCCGAUCUUUGUUUGCCAAUUGUCUUUCCCCGGCAUCCCUACACUUUUACAUUUUUACGAGCCUCGGUACGUCUGCAUCCUUUGCGCAGAUUCAUUUUUAUCACUCGCGCCGAUUUUUGGGCACUGCGUUCCGGGUUGCCGUAAUUCUCGCGCGAUUACUCACACCUCACCUAUUAUCAUUAGUUAUCGCUUGAUGCUGCGACGGUGUCUCGAGUCUACUACGCCUUGCUUCGGCAUGAUCAUGCCUCAGCGGACCGUUGGAGCUGGCAGCAAUGAUUACGGCACGAUGUUAGAGAUAAGGAGUGUUCAGAUGCUCCCCGAUGGCAGGAGCAUGGUAGAGACUAUGGGGACUCAUCGAUUCAGGAUCAUGGAAACGGGAACUUUAGACGGAUAUAUGGUCGGUCGAAUAGAAAGAGUCGAUGACAUUCCACAGGCGCUCGAAGAGGAAGCGGAGCGGAGUAUUUCUUCCCUCCUUACCUCUCAAGUAGAGAGCUCAGAACAAGGUUCAUCAGAAGAGUCGUCUUCUUCGCGGAUACCCGCACCUACUACAGAAGAAUUAAUAGCGGUUUGUCACGCAUUCGUUGAACAGCUGCGAAACGGAACGGCGCCGUGGGUAGUUGAGCGACUGAACAAUACUUACGGUCCAAUGCCCGACGACGUAAGCACCUUUGGCUUCUGGAUGGCCCAGGUUUUACCGAUAGAGGAGUCUGAGAAAGCAAAGCUGUUAGUGAUCAGGUCGCCAAAGGCACGGUUACGACUUGUAGUGCAUUGGAUCGAGCAACUAAACAGCAACUGGUGA